GGAAGUUGUACCGGUGUUCGCCGCUGGAGCUCCGGGUCGAGAGGACGAGGUGCCACAGCCGGGAGGAGCCUCCGCUGCCGACCGUCGGCACCCGGAGCCCAGCCCAGCCCUUUUCCUUCCUUCACCCGACCCUGACCCGGUCAGUCCCAGCCGCCCACGCUGGUCCUUGCCGCGGCCGCCGGCGUCACCAUGAAUCCCGCCGCCUUCCUCUCCUUACCCGACCUCAGAUGCUCCCUGCUGCUCCUGGUAACUUGGGUUUUUACUCCUGUGACAACUGAUAUAGCAAGUCUUGAUGCAGAUAAUAUAGAUGAUAUUUUAAACCGUGCUGAUGUUGCUUUAGUAAAUUUUUAUGCUGACUGGUGUCGUUUCAGCCAGAUGUUGCAUCCAAUUUUUGAGGAAGCUUCCAAUGUCAUUAGGGAAGAAUAUCCAAAUGAAAAUCAAGUAGUCUUUGCCAGAGUUAACUGUGAUCAGCACUCUGAUAUAGCCCAGAGGUAUAGGAUAAGCAAGUACCCAACCCUUAAAUUGUUCCGUAAUGGGAUGAUGAUGAAGAGAGAAUACAGGGGUCAGCGGUCAGUGAAAGCACUCGCAGAUUACAUCAGGCAACAAAAGAGUAACCCUGUUCAGGAGCUUACCAGCUUAGCAGAAAUCACCACUCUUGAUCGCAACAAAAGAAUUAUCAUUGGAUAUUUUGAGCAAAAGGAUUCAGAAAACUAUAGAGUUUUUGAAAGAGUAGCAAAUAUUUUACAUGAUGAUUGUGCCUUCCUUUCUGCCUUUGGGGCUAUUUCAAAACCAGAAAGAACUAGUGGAGACAACAUAAUCUACAAACCACCAGGGGGUUCUGCUCCAGAUAUGGUGUACUUGGGAUCCAUGACAAAUUUUGAUGGAACUUACAACUGGAUUCAAGAUAAAUGUGUUCCUCUUGUUCGAGAAAUAACAUUUGAAAAUGGAGAGGAAUUGACUGAAGAAGGAUUGCCUUUUCUCAUACUCUUCCACAUGAAAGAAGAUACAGAAAGUUUAGAAAUAUUCCAGAAUGAAGUAGCUCGACAAUUAAUAAGUGAAAAAGGUACAAUAAACUUUUUACAUGCUGACUGUGACAAAUUCAGACAUCCUCUUCUGCACAUACAGAAAACGCCAUCAGAUUGCCCUGUAAUAGCGAUCGACAGUUUUAAGCAUAUGUAUGUAUUUGGAGACUUCCGGGAAGUAUUAAUUCCUGGGAAACUCAAGCAGUUUGUGUUUGACUUACAUUCUGGAAAACUGCACAGAGAAUUUCAUCAUGGUCCUGAACCAACUGAUAAAGCCCCAGGAGAAGAGGAAGUUCAAGAUGUAGCAAGCAGACCGCCAGAGAGCUCCUUCCAGAAGCUAGCACCCAGUGAAUAUAGGUAUACUUUAUUGAGAGAUCGAGAUGAGCUUUAAAAACUUGAAAAACAAUUUGCAAGCCUUUUAAACAGCAACAUCAUUGUAUGUGGUGGAAAUAGUAAACCUAUAUUUUCAUAAUUCUAUGUGUAUUUUUAUUUUGAAUAAACUGAAAGAAGUUUUGGGUUUUAAA